AUGAUCAUUGAAAUCGGUUGUAUUUUAUAUGUAUCUCUGAUACAGCACAUUCAAGCUAAUGAAAACUGUUAUUAUGGAAAUGAAACAACUAUUUCAACAAUUAACUGUGCAGGUAGCUGUUGUCCUGGUCCAGCUACUUCUGCACAAACAGCAUGUUGUUCUUCUAGCAUCUCAUGGGAAUUAGCAAUACCUAUUCUUGUUGUUGUCAUGAUUUGUUUUGUUGUUAUUUGUUUGAGAUAUUUUCGGUCGGGCUUUCAUCUUUGCUGUCAAGAAUGUAGGUGUCCACGUCGAGGACGGACCCGAGCUACAUUAUCAAGUCAGGCACCAGCGAAUAACAAUCCGAUUUUUAUCGUAAACAAUCAAGAUUUGCCUGAUUAUGAAACGGUCACCAAAGAUACAUUGACCAAAGAUGCAAAUCCUCCAUCCUACAAUUUUGUUGCUGCACAUCCGAGUGAUUUUGAUACUGACGCACGUGUGCCAAGUUCACCACCACAAUAUCGUUCACGAUCUAAUACAGCAGUAGUUACAACAGAACCAAACGCAUCUGUUUGA